AGACGCGUUGGUGGAUUGACGUGGCUCUCGGGUCGUGAUGAUGCUUCUCUUCCACAGGGGCCGGAGCUGAUCGAGAUGGCCAAGGGCUUGCACGGUUUCAUGGACUGGGAGCGCUGCCUGCUGACCGACAGCGGCGGCUUUCAGAUGGUGUCUCUGGUGGAGCUGGCGGAGGUGACGGAGGAGGGGGUCCGCUUCUCAUCUCCAUACGAUGGCCGCCACAUCCUCCUGACGCCCGAAGCCUCCAUUCACAUUCAGAAUUCCCUGGGCUCUGACAUUAUGAUGCAGCUGGAUGAUGUGGUGAGCAGCACGGUGACUGGGCCACGUGUAGAGGAAGCCAUGUGGAGGUCAGUGCGCUGGUUGGAUCGCUGCAUUGCAGCGAACAAGAACCCAGACUCCCAGAACCUGUUUGCGAUCAUCCAGGGCGGACUUGACCCCGAUCUACGGCUCAAGUGUCUGCAGGAGAUGAGCAAGCGCGACGUGCCAGGCUUCGCCAUCGGGGGCCUGAGCGGCGGAGAGGAGAAGCAGCUGUUCUGGAGAGCAGUGAAGCUGAGCACCGAGCACCUGCCCCGCGACAAGCCCCGAUACCUCAUGGGCGUAGGCUACGCCACGGACCUGGUGGUGUGCGUCGCCCUCGGCUGUGACAUGUUCGACUGCGUAUUCCCCACUAGGACAGCCAGAUUUGGCUCGGCGCUGGUGCCAUCCGGCUCUCUCCAGCUGAAGAAUAAGACGUUCGCCAAAGACUUCGCUCCCAUAGAUGACCAGUGCACUUGCCCCACGUGCAAAAGGUGUUCAAGAGCGUUCCUGCACGCGCUGUUCCGGAGCGACCCCGCGGCGUGCCACCACGUCACGGUGCACAACAUCGCCUACCAGCUGUCGCUGAUGAGCGCCGUGAGGGACAGCAUCGUGGAGCAGCGCUUCCCGGACUUUGUGCGCGGGUUCAUGGCCCGGCGGUACGGCUCACGCGACGCCUACCCACACUGGGCCGUGGACGCGCUGGCAUCCGUCAACAUCGUCCUCCCAUGAGGCGCGCUCUGUACGCAUGCUCGUGGGCGAUUUCAGCAAUGUAUUUUCACUGCCAGAUCUUGUCUGAUGGCGCGCGCCUCGACACACAGCCCGUUUCUAAACGUGCAGCGCGUUUUCGUUCCCACGCGUGUCUGUGUAGC